AUGCUCCUUUGGGGCUGGGUGUUUCUUUGGCUCGUGACCAGUGAGAGGAUCACAAGCUUGAAUGAGGCAGGCUGUUCCACAGAAAAACUCCUGUGGACAUACUCCCCAGGAAAAGAAGAGGAGUUUGUCUUAUUUUGUGACUUCCCAGAGCCACGGAGAGCACAUUUCUCCCACAGAAGUACACAGAGCCCAACACCGAGCCCUGGAUCCCCGCCCUGCAGUGGUAGUGAGGACCUCACUGAUGUCCAGUGGUACCGACAGCGUGGAGAUGGGGGUCCAGUGGAGGAGAUUGCUGGUGGCCACCUUCACAUGGCUCAGGACAAGAACACACUUCGUUUCAGUGCCCCAGAGACAGCCCAGGCUGGAACAUACAUCUGUAGACCCAGGAUCAGGAGUGCCCAGGACGGGGCCUGCUGUACCAAGACAAUACUGGAGGUGAGGCCUCAGACAGCAGCACCUUGCAGCACCUCUGCACCCCAUAAGCAGUACCUGAUUCUCGGGACCGUUGGCUCCAUUCACUGUCCUGGUCUCGGCUGCCAAGGGGACGCACCCAGGCCAGAGGUGACCUGGUACCAGAACGGAAGAGUCCUCUCUGAGGAGAAGAGCGACUCGAUCCUAUUGGAUGACAUUUAUGACUACCACCAGGGCAUGUAUGUGUGUGACUAUGCUCUGUCCUCAAAUGCAAGUUCCUGGACAGCCAGAGCUGUGGUUCAAGUGAGAACCAUUGUGGCUGACACUAAGUUCAAACCAGACAUUGUAUAUCCUAUCAAGGAUGUCCUGGAAGUAGAACUUGGAAAACCUUUAACUCUUCUCUGCACAGUGAGAUUUGGCUUCCAGAGGGACUUUAACCCUGUGAUAAGGUGGUAUGUCCAAGACACUGACCGGGAGUGGGAAUUCCCAGUGUUUCAGGAAAAAAGUAUUAAAUCUACUUUGGAGGAAGAAGUCCUUGAACGAGCUGUCUUCUUGAAAGAAGUCACGCAGAGUGAUUUGGGGCGGAAAUAUGUGUGCUUUGCCCAGAACUCCAUUGGGAACACAACCCAGACCAUCCGGCUGAAGGAGAAACAAGGAGGAGUGGUAUUCCUGUACAUCCUUCUUGGCACUGCCUCGACGCUGGUGGGCAUGCUGGCUGCCGGUGCCCUCAUCUACACCUACUGGAUUGAAAUCCUGCUGCUGUGCCGGACCUACAAGGGCAAGGAUGAGACUCUCGGAGAUAAAAAGGAAUUUGAUGCUUUCGUGUCCUGUGCAAAAUGGAGCUCUCUGGGGAGUGAGGAACCUUCACCUCUCAGUGAGGAUCACUUGGCCCUGAGUCUGUUUCCCGAAGUCUUGGAAAACAAACAUGGAUUCACCUUAUGUUUGCUUGAGAGAGAUGUAGCCCCUGGGGGAGUGUAUACAGAAGACAUUGUGAACAUCAUUAAGAAAAGUAGAAGAGGAAUAUUCAUCUUGAGCCCCAGCUACAUCAAUGGCCCCCGAGUCUUUGAACUUCAAGCAGCAGUGAAUCUGGCCUUGAAUGACCAAAUGCUGAAACUCAUCUUAAUUAAGUUCUGUUCCUUCCAAGAGCCAGAAUCUCUACCUUAUCUUGUGAAAAAGGCUCUCAGGGUUUUGCCAACCAUCACCUGGAAAGGCUUAAAAUCAGUUCACCCCAAUUCGAGGUUCUGGACCCAGGUGCGCUACCACAUGCCUGUGAAGGGCUCAUGA